UUCCUCAAGCGGGAGGUGGAGAAUUGAGAGAACACGUUUUCAAGCUAGUCGCACUGCACAUCAGUUCUGAGCACCACUUAACUUCCAGACACUUACUAUCCAGCCAGCCAGAACGAGAUGGCAAUGACUGCUAUAGCCAAGACGGACUACUACGUACCGCAGGCCAGACAACAGCUCGGGACCCACCAGCCUACUCAACGUACUACAGUUAUGAUACAGCAACAGCCAGCAAAUUCUUUAGAGCUGCUAGCAGCUACAGCAACGUGCGGCCGGUACCAGGAGAAUCCAGCUAACCAUUAUCCAGGACCACGAGUAGUACCCCAUCAUGUCCCUGCUGUCGGUAGCUCUACCAACGGGAUAGCUAACAGCACACCAAUACCUGGGAUCACUUUGAAUGAGAGGCUACAUAAGCUGGGCUCGUUUAGCCCCUCGCACUCGGUGAGUCACCAACAGCAGCACCAGACCCCUCCAUUGGGCCAACACCAGCAGCAGCAGCAGGCUAGCGAGACCAUCUCCUCACCAGCACUGCAUAUGACUGAGAUUGCUGUACACCAGCAAGUAUCUGGUGGACCACAGACAAUACAAAACGGAGCCUUCCACAUUCAGCACGUUGCCGCUCCUAGCUCGAGCUCCAAUGGAGGACAUAUUGGACCACCACCAAGCUAUGUUCAAUCAUCUGAAGUGAGUUCUCUAAAGCCACCAGCAGGGAAUGGGUACCCCUUCCCUUCACCACCAUACUCUGCUCACUUUAACACUAAUUUUAAAAGUGUUUUCUGCUCAGAAAGCAACACUAGUAAUCUCUCGUCUCACUCUAUAUCAGCGUCCAGCUUCACUCCAACAUUCUCUGUAUCAAAUACACUCCUGGAGCCCCCAAAAGCAUACAUGGACCAUCAUCAUCACCACCACCAUCACCACAUUGGCAGUAACCAGCCUGCUUUUUCUAACUUCUUUCCUAAGCCAGAGCCAACUUCACCUGGCUCUUGUCUUCACGCUAUUCCAGUCUCCACUUCUUCCUGGUGGUCUGCUGCUGCAGCCUCUGCCGCUAGUAACAAUCGUCCCACUGGGGGCGCACCCUGGUCUGCUCCCCCUCUCCAGUCAGCCCAGUCUGCUUUCACUUACACCAAUGGCUCUGCCAGCUUUACUCCUCUCUCCCCCCUCUCCCCUCUCUCUCCAAUGUCAGCCCCUGGCAAUAGUCAGCCCAUACCUCUUUAUGCUACAUCAGUUGCUUCAGAGACCCAGCAGUUGACCCAUGAGACCUUACGCUGGCCUAAUGCCGCCAUUACUUAUUACGACUCUGCACCAUCUCAGCCGAGACGAUUGAGGCGUGUAGCCUGUACUUGUCCCAAUUGUGUGAAUGGGAUCAAUACCAAAGCAGUUAAUCCUGAUGGGACUCCUAAGAAGAAGCAACAUGUUUGUCACUAUCCUGGAUGCAGUAAAGUUUAUGGGAAGACGUCUCAUCUUCGGGCUCACCUCCGCUGGCAUACCGGAGAGCGUCCGUUUGUCUGCAAUUGGUUGUUUUGUGGGAAGAGGUUCACUCGCUCCGAUGAGCUCCAAAGACACUUACGUACCCACACUGGAGAGAAGAGGUUUGUGUGCCCCGAGUGUGGCAAGCGCUUCAUGAGGAGUGACCACCUUAGCAAACACAUCAAGACCCACCAGAAGAUACGCGAGAAAGCAAAGGGAGCAGGAGGUGAAGGAGGAACUACCCCACCAUUAUCGCCCACGUCUACAGAGAGUAGGGACAUUGACACUCCGACCUCAUCGACCAUAUGCUCACCUCCUCCAGUCCACGAAGAGAUAGUGACAGUGAGUAAUACUGAUGACAUGCAACUCAUUGUUGGUGGGUAUAGCACAGCUCCCCAGCAGCAGCAACCAACGGAUAUGCUCCCUCCUCCACCGAUACAGUUCCGACCUCCUCCAGUCUCCAUUCAUUAUCAUCACAUACCACCACCUCCAUUGAUGUUACCUCCAGCUCUUGGAGGAGGCAAUGAAACGUUAUGCUCUUAAAGCAACUGCCGGCCAAACUAUCUACCCAUUGAGUAAGUUACUUUUUUUCUAAGAAAAUUUUCUUACAUUUCCACGCAUUUCACUUAUAGUAAUUAUAAUGUUUUAUAAUUAUGGUUACUUGGUUAAUUUUUGUCAGGUUAAUGAAUUUAUACUCAAAAAUCUUUUGGUUUCUUUUA